AUGGGUUCACUAGCGACAGCCGAGCUUUGCGACACGAACGCGGCACUCUUGGCAACUGGUGACCUCCGAGUCCUGCAGCCCAUCUUCAAGAUUUACGGACAAUCACGAGCCUUCUCGGGCCCGAUUGCCACCCUCAAGGUGUUUGAGGAUAAUGUGUUGGUGAGGGAGCUUCUAGAAACAAGAGGAGAGGGUCGGAUUCUGGUCAUUGAUGGUGGGGGGAGCCUUAGGUGUGCCUUGGUGGGUGGGAAUCUGGGCCAGCUGGCCCAAAACAUGGGCUGGGCCGGGAUAGUCGUGAAUGGGUGCAUACGUGAUGUGGAUGAGAUCAAUGGGUGUGACAUUGGGGUUCGGGCCAUAGCGUCCCAUCCCCAGAAAUCGAACAAGAAAGGAGUGGGGGAAAGGCACGUGAACAUUCAUAUUGGGGGUACUGUGAUUCGAGAUGGGGAGUGGUUGUAUGCGGAUAGUGAUGGUGUUCUCAUUUCCAAAACCGAGCUAUCUGUGUAG